UUUCUUGGAGAGUCAGCUAACUCGUCGAUUUAUAUUUCAGUUCAAUCGGUCAGGGGUCUUGUGUGAUUCAGCUUUCACUAAACUUCUCGGGAUAUUUGAUUUUUAAGAGUGAAUUUGUCUCAGGUUGAAGUUUAAAAUGUCAAAUGUGGCGGUAGAUGUUCCUCGCCAGGGCGGAUUCAAUUUUGAUCUCUGCAGACGAAAUGAUAUGCUUUCAAAGGAGGGUGUUAAUCCUCCCUCAUACCGGAAGACAGGGACAACUAUUGUUGGGUUGAUUUUCCAGGAUGGUGUCAUUCUUGGGGCAGAUACCAGAGCAACUGAAGGACCCAUAGUUUGCGAUAAGAACUGUGAGAAAAUUCAUUACAUGGCACCAAACAUAUAUUGCUGUGGAGCAGGAACUGCUGCUGAUACAGAAGCUGUAACUGACAUGGUCAGCUCCCAGCUGCAGUUACAUCGUUACCAUACUGGUCGAGAGUCAAGGGUUGUUACAGCACUCACCCUUCUCAAGAAGCACCUUUUCAACUACCAAGGCUAUGUCCAAGCUGCUCUAGUGCUUGGUGGAGUUGAUUGCACUGGACCUCAUCUGCGUACAAUAUAUCCUCAUGGAUCAACUGACACAUUGCCAUAUGCUACAAUGGGGUCUGGUUCUCUCGCUGCUAUGGCUAUAUUUGAAUCUAAAUACCAAGAAGGUCUAACUAAAGAUGAGGGGAUAAGGCUUGUAGUUGAGGCAAUAUGUUCUGGCAUAUUUAACGAUUUGGGAAGUGGAAGCAAUGUUGAUGUUUGUGUAAUAACAAAGGGGCACAAGGAAUACCUGAGGAACCACCUUCUGCCAAAUCCUCGCACUUUUGUCAGUUCAAAAGGCCAUUCUUUCCCCAAGAAGACUGAGGUCCUCUUAACGAAGAUUACCCCAUUGAAGGAAAAGGUAGAAAUCAUUGAAUCUGGAGAGGCAAUGGAAGAAUGAAAACCCAUCAGCACCAGAAUAGCACAGAGCGGAAGCUAUUGUAGCCAACAAUUUCUAGAUUAAAAGCUCAUUCACCAUUUUUAAUGUACACGUUUGUGGAUUAGGCUGCAAUCCAAUCACUACUCCCUUCUCCAAUUACCAUGGAUUAUCCAAGAAGUAAUUUCUGUUUAAUUAAGAACUUGAUGCUGUAUUAUGAGCUUCAACUUGAGUUCACAUGGGAUAAUGACCAUAUGAGAUUAAACUUUUGAGAA